AUGAAAAUAGUACGAAGAAUCAAUACGAUCAUACUUAUAAUAUUCGCUUUGCUGACAGUUGACAAAGUUGGGUGCAGUUGUGUAUGUACAUCUAGCAGUAUUUUAACGGAUUCGCAUAGCACAUGUGACAUAGAUACUGGUAACCGCAUGUCAAUUAAUGCUGAACUCAAUGGCACUUUCUCAGAAAAUGGAAUAAAAGCAAAAACGUGUGUAAAUGAUGACAAAACAAGAUUCAUUGCGCAGAACAAUGGCGAUAACCAACCAAUUGGCAAUGAAAAGAAUAAUAAGAACGAAGAAAAGCAUUUUGAUUACACAACUAUAUCAAUGUUUGGAAUAUUUUACAUAUUACUGGCCAUGGGAAUACUGGCUUUAAUUGGGGUUAGUAUUGUGUUUGUUGAUGAUAUGAGAUAUGCUACAUAUAUAUAUAACAUACACAAAUACUUUGAUGAAAAAGCAGAGUCUCUAAAGUUUCUUGCAUACACUAAAUACAUACUUAUUGGUGCAAUAGGAGCUUGCCAUUUGAUUCAUGAGCUGAUCGUUCCCACAACAGAAGAUAUCAAAAUGGUCUUUUCAUUUUCCAUUUUGCCAAUGUUCACUCUACUUAUAGUUCUAUCUAGAUUUUUAUACGAUAUGCACUUGGCUAACAUGCCCUCCAUCUUACAAAUACUCAUUACAACUGGCUGGGUAAUUGUUAUAUUCAUAAUGGCAGUGUUUGGAAAUAGUCUGUUCAAUUACCAAGCAUCAUGGGGAAUAAUUAAGAAAAAUCCACUAAUAUCUGGGAUUACAGCAAUUAUAACUCUAUACUUGAUAUACACAGGACUUCUUAUAAUACUGCCAGCUAAAUAUGCGUUUGUUGCCAAAUACACGUAUUGUACAGCAAUUUCAACAAUGUUAUAUGGGGCAGUUCUUGGACUAAGAUUAUUAUUAAAGCUUAUUCGCUGGGUAGAGCAUCCCCACGUAUCCUCCAGUGCAAUGGAAAAACACGAUGGGCUUACUAUGAAUCGAGAGGACUACACAAGACUAUGGGCAUACAUUUCAUUGUUUAUAGGCCUUAUAUGCAGUGUUAUAUUUGUAUUUGUAGUGUAUUUCUGUGCAGAUAUAAUAGAAAAAAAGAGUUUUAUUGUAGUUCUUUUUGUGAUUAAAAUAACAAAAAAGUUUAUUUCUAAAUUUAAUAUAUUAAAUAUACUAUCAUCCAUCCAGACUAGAUCUAAUAGCUUGGUUAAUGUGUUAAAUGUUAUAUCAGCAGCUACUAAUUAGUGAAAAAAUAAAUAAAAUAAAUAAACGGU